GAUAAGGCCUCAGAAACAUCUUUAGGAAUAUGGAUAUCUUCUAAUGUAACAAGAAAAUUUUUGUGUGACGAUGAGAAGUUGUUGAAGGAUAUAGAGUUGUUUAUAGGGUAUAAGGGUGGUGGUGAACUUACCUUAUUUUUAGGAGAUGGUUCAGAUUCUUGGAUCUUCUUUGGAGCACAGCUUGAGCUUGUACGUCUGGAGUAAACCUUUCCAAAUCUAAUGAUAGCAUUGUCAUUUGUUUCCCUUUCUUGGGUUUCAUGUGGAUUUUUCUGAGGUGGUGGAGGAAGGUCAAGAGGUGCUAGUUCAUUUUCCUCAUCUUCCUCAAGUUUAGUCUCCCCUUGAAGAUGAGUUUUUGAAAAAUAGGAAUUUCGUUCAGCAAAGGUAACAUCAAUAGAGACUAAGGCUUUUUUUUGUGGGUGGAUAUAACUCUUGUACCCUUUUUGGGUAGCAGAGUAGCCAAUAAAGAUGCAUUUGAGUGCUCUUGGAUCUAAUUUUCCUCGCUCCUGACUGUGAAUAUGAACAUAGGCAAUGCAUCCAAAGAUUUUGGGUGCAAGAUUAUGAUGGGUUCGAAACUCUGGGUAAAAAGAGGACAAGGUCUCUAUUGGAGUUUUGAGGCCUAAGGUUGUUGAAGGUAGUCGGUUUAUGAGAUACGCUGCAGUUAAAAGAGCUUCCACCCAAUAGGAUUUGGGUGUAUUGUAGUGAAAUAGGAAAGCUCGGGUGGAGGCUAGAAGGUGACCAUUUUUCCUCUCUGCAACUUUAUUUUGUUGUGGGGUGUGAACACAGGAGGACUCAUGGAUGAUCCCUUUACUCUGGAAGUAGGAGAAAAGGGUUUGGUUGAAAUAAUCUUUGGCAUUGUCGGAGUGGAAACUCUUUAUUUUUACCCCCAAUUGAUUUUUGAUCAUGGAAUGAAAGAUGGGAACAAUGGUGCUAAUAUCAGAUUUAUGUUUAAGGAGAUAGAUCCAAGAGACUCUAAUGCAAUCAUCAAUGAAUGACACAAACCAGUGUACCCCAAAGAUAUUGAGAAUUUUAGAAGGUCCCUAUAUAUCACUAUAAAUAAGGUAGAAAGGAGUAGCACAUCUCUCACUUUUGUUUGGUAAUGAUGUUCUUUUAUGUUUAGCCAACUCACAGGUUUCACAAUGAAAAAUUUUAUUGUCUAAUUUAUGGAAAAGUUGUGGAUACAUAUAUUUUAGGACAUCAAAAUAUGGGUGUCCUAGUCUAUAAUGAUGAAGCCAAAUAGUGGAGUUCCUAUCGACUAGGGAUAAUAAAGAGCAACUCCUUUUAGAUUGGUUUGGUUCUUCCAGGUAGUACAAUCUUGCUCUCUCAGCAAGUCCAAUCUUCUUCCCCGAUCUCUGGUCCUGAAAUAAACAAUAAGUAGGGUUAAACAGUGCUUGACAAUUAUGAUCAUCGAUAAGUUUUUGUAUUUAUAUCAGGUUUGUAGAUAAUUGUGGUAUGUGGAGCACGUUUUUUAGGGCGAGGGAUGGGGAUAAUAUGAUGUCUCCUUGGCCAGCUACCGUGGUAAGAGAACCAUCAGCAGUGAUGAUUUUUUUAUUGCUUGGGCAAGGAGUAUAGUUUAUGAGGUGAGUUAGUGAGUGGGUCAUAUGACUAUGGCUCUUGAAUCAAUGAUCCAUAAUUCCUUUAAAUGAUUUCUGGAAGCACUUAAACUAAUAGAAAUUGGAGUCUUACCUGAGAGUGCAAGUGAAGAAGAAGCAUUUGUUUUUUUAAGAGAUACCAUGAGUCGUUUUAAUUUAUCAAUAUCUUCUUUGUUGAAUUCUUCAAGGCUGGACUGAGCUUCUAGUUUACUUGUAGUGUUGUUGGCAUGAGAUGUGCUCCUUGUUUCACCCUUUUGAUUCCACUCCUUGCUGGGGGUUUUCCAUGUAUCUUCCAGCAUGUUUCUUUUGUGUGUCUUGACUUUUUGCAAUAGCUGCACCAAAGUGAGUCUUUAUCUUUAAAUUUUGAAGAAUAUUUAACUUUCUCCUUCCAUGAUGAUUCUUUGUUCAUCACCAUUGCUGAGCUUUCAACGAUAUUUGGUUCUAACAUCACUUCUCGUCGACUUUCUUUUGCGCGGAUGAGAGAAAUGGUCUCGUUGAGUGAUGGUGUCUCCUCUUUGCCGAGGAUCUGAACUCUAACUUGGUCAAAUUCUGCAUUUGAGUCCUGCAAGAAAAUCAUAAACUCUAUCUUUUUCAAUAAAAUUCUUUAGGAUCGUAGUAUCUUCGGGACAUUUGGUUUCAAUGCACCUAUAGUGGUCAAGUUCUUGCCACAGAUUUUGUAGAAUGGUGGCAUACUCCGUCACAGUCUUACUCCUCUUCUUCGUGCUUCCAACUUUAACUUUAACUUCAAAGAUUUGAGCCGCAUCACGAGCUUUGGAGAAUGUUUGUCUGGCCACAUCCCAUAUAUCCUUUGCAGUCGAAAGGAACAUAAAUGUAUCACUAAUUUCUAGAGUCGUGGAAUUCCACAACCAUGACAUAAUCAUGGAGUCUGCUUCAUCCCAUGCCUCAAAUUUGGGAUCUCCUUCUUUUGGUCCUCCUUUAAGGAGGUGAUGUAUUUUACCUUUCCCCUUCAAGUAGGUUUUCACAAAUUGAGACCACUUCAGGUACUUCUUCCCAUUUAGUUGAAGGUCACCUCGUCCUUGGUGCACCAUAGAAUCCUCAAGGUGGUCAGUGUUUGAAGAAGAGUUAAUUUUUGAAGGCUCCCAAAAAUAAUAGUAAUGAAGACUAUCUAUUUGACUUUUGGACAACAUUGAAGGCUCCCAAAAAUUUUCUAAUCGACAAUAAAGGUCGAUUUUUUUUCUUUCUCGGUUUAAUUAACAGGGUCGAGUCGAGUCUUUAAGAGACUCGGAUCGGGUAGAGGGUAUGCAAGGAGCUCCUUGCUUCUCCUGCAAGAUUACGCACGCAGCUCCCGGCUUCGUACUUUGGCUUCCUCUCUCACUGUCGGCAAGGCUUCCUCCGCGAGAUUUCUUUCGUUGGCAAAGCUAUGUCUCCCAUCGGCCGAACUUCUCCCCUGAGAUCGUGGCGAGAUUUCUUCCGUCGGCAAAGCUACGUCUCCUGUCGGCAGAACUUCUCCCCUAAGAUCAUGGCUUGAGGCUUCGUCUUCCAUCGGCAAAGCUUUAUCUCACGAGGACGCGACUUCCGGUUCUGUCUGCUAGGCUUCGGGCUCCAUUGGCAAUGCUCCAUCCCUUGAGAUCGAGACUUCGGCUUUAGGCUGCGUCCGGUAGGUCUUCGUCCCGCUAGACUCUGGCUUUCGAUGGUUUCCUCUUUACUUCCUUCAAAGCUCUGAUACCAUGUUGCAAUCAUGAAGUUUGAGAGGAAAAACUUAAAUUUUAUUAUGCAAUUCACUCCCUAUUUAUAGAUCUAUACAAGAUGUAUUGAUAAGGAAACAAAUAACUCUAUAAUAAUGAGAAUACAAUUAUUCCUGAAUAAAUAAUCAACUAUGGAAGGAAUUAAUGUGAUCCAGGUAGUCUUCCCACGGAUUACUGUUCACAGCCGUGGAUUUCUGUUGUGAUCGUGAGGUUGAGAUUUAACAAUUUUGAAGACUAAAAAUAUGUCAGAUGUGUGGAGAAUAAGUGUGUUGAUUUCUAUUUUUAAGAAUAAAGGUGAUGCACAAGAUUGUGUGAAUUAUAGAGGAAUUAAGUUGAUGUGUCAUACCAAUGUUGCGCACGUUCAUGUUAAUGAGUGUGUUGCUAUAACUGAUCCUACACUUUUUGUUUCUCUUGCUUCUAUGUUCAAUGAAGAGGACAUUGGUGUUCCUAAUGAGAAUUGCUUACCUCCGAUGUUAUUAGAUAACAAUGCUCUUACUGCUAAUAAUAAUGGGAAUGAGGGGGAGCUCAUAGUUGAAGAGGGGGAGUUCAUACCUCCGUAUGCUGGGAAUAAUGAGCCUAUCUCCGACAUAUCUGGCUCAGAUGUUUACAAAGCUAUUUCUAGCAGCCCUCAUGAUGAUAACUUUAUACAGGUUCCUAAGAAAAAGGGUAAGCAGUCCAAACAGAUUUUACCACCAACCCCCAGAUCAACUAGAGCUCAAAAUUCUUCAAAACAUUCCAAUGAUUAAAGCCCUUUUAUGGAAUGUUAGAGGUAUUGGUGGUAAGGAUUCCAAGCUUCGUGUUCGUAAUUUGUGUAGAAUUCAUAAUAUUCAGUUAUUUGUUUUGAUUGAGCCUUUAAUUAAGAAUAUCAACAUUGCUUCUACUGCUAAGUUAUUAGGUUUUUCUAAUUAUUAUGCUAAUUGUUCCAAUAAAAUUUGAAUAUUUUGGUAUAAUGUUAUCUCUUUAAAUGUUAUUGAGGAUUUUCCUCAAGUGUGCCACUGUUAUAUUUCUAUUUUCAAUGUCAACUGUUAUGCUUCUUUUGUUUAUGCUGCUUGCACCAAAACCAACCGUCUUCCUCUUUGGAAUCAACUAAGACAAUUUGCCUCGAUCAUUAAUGGCCCUUGGUGCAUCGGUGGUGAUUUUAAUAUUAUUUCCAACUCCUCGGAAAGACUUGGUGGUAAUGCUCCUAAUGCUACUGCUAUGGAAGAUUUUAAUUCUAUGAUAAGUGACUGCAACCUUAAUGAUAUUGGUUAUUUUGGUAGUCCCUACAUGUGGUAUAGAGCCAAUUUGUGGCAAAGACUCGACAGAUUUCUUUUUAAUGAUGAUUGGCUUGCUCUUUUACCCUCUUCUAGUAUCGAACAUCUUAGUAGAACUCUUUCUGACCAUUCUCCCCUUCUUUUGAACAUUAACAAAAGUUUGCAGCACAAUGUGUUAUCUUUUAGAUUUCAAAAUAUGUGGAUGUUACAUGCUGAUUUUCCUAAAAUGCUGUCCACUAACUGGAAUGCCCCGGUGUAUCCUGAUAACAAUAUUUCUGGCAUGUUAAGACUCUGGUCUAAGCUUUCUAGAUUAAAGCAGUGCUUAAGAUGGUGGAAUAAAUGCAUUUUCAAAAACUUAUUUGCCAAUAUUAAAGAUGCCGAGAACAAGGUUUCUUAUUUAGAGAAUAUUUUCCAAAGUAACCCCAAUUCUGAUAACAUGAUUGAUUUGAACCAAGCUAAAGACUCUCUUCUUCUUCUCCAACGUCAAGAAGAAUGGUAUUGGAAUCAAAAGUCCAAUGCUAAAUUUAUUGUGGAAGGUGAUAGAAACACUAAAUUUUUUCAUGCUUUAGCUAACAAGAAGAAAUCUAGAUGCCAUAUUCAUAAAAUUAUUGAUGUUGAUGGUUCUAUUCUUAUUUCUGAGGAGGCUAUUUGCAAUUCUGGUGUGGCUUACUUUAAGAAUGCUUUUACCAGUUCGUCUAAUUGUUUGCCUUUUUCUAACACUCAUAUUAUUCCUAACAUUAUUUCUGAGGAUGACAAUAUUAUGCUUUGCCAAACUCCUUCGAAGAGGAGAUUUUUAGAGUCAUCAAGGAUCUCAAUAGUAGUGCGGUGGCUGGUCCUGAUGGUUUCACUACUAAAUUUUUCCAAGAUAAUUGGGAUAUUAUCAAAGAGGAUGUUAUUAAUGCUGUGGAGGAUUUCUUUGCUGUUCUGUCAAUCAGAACAGAAUUCAAAGAAUUCAAAGAUUAUGUGGUUUUAUGCCUAAAGCUUUACCCAUUACGUACCUUGGCACCCCCAUCUAUAAAGGUAAAAAAAGGAAUUUUCUUUUUGAUAACAUCUUUUCUAAGAUUGAGAAGAAGCUUAACAAUUGGUCCUCUAAUUUUUUAUCUUAUGGUGGUAGGCUCACUCUGAUUAAGUCUGUUCUUAACUCGAUGUCUGCUUAUCUAUUUCAUACCUUAUUACCUUCCACUUCCAUUUGUACCAAGCUUGAGAGGAUUUUAAACAAGUUUUUUUGGGGCUCCUCUUUUAACAACAAAGGCAUUCAUUGGUCCUCUUGGGAUAAAAAUUGUGGUGUGUUGUCGGAAGGUGGCCUUGGUUGCAAAUCCUUAACUGACUCGGCUAAAGCUUUUUCACUUAAAUUAUGGUUUUCUUUUAGAUCUAACGUCAGUCUUUGGGCUCGUUUCAUGAAUAUUAAGUACUGCCCUAAUACUCAUCCCUCUUUAUGCUUUUAUAGAAAUACUGACUCGUUUAUUUGGAAGAGGCUGUGUAAUAUUAAGUGGGAGGCUGAACAUUUCAUACAAUGGGGCCUUGGCAAAGGUGAUAUUUAUUUCUGGCAAGAUAAUUGGCUUGGGUAUGCUUCUAUUGAUACUAUGCUGAAUACGCAUUCUAUUAGUAAUGAUAAAAUUUCUCACUUUUUUCAAAAUGGCUUGUGGGAUAUUGCUAAACUUAGAGAGGUGGUUCCUCCCUUCAUUGUUGAUAAAAUUUUAGAGGUCCCUCUGCAACUGCAAGAUAAAGAUUUAAUUUUAUUUUCUUUAUCUAAUUCUGGCAAUUUUAUUUUAAAGGAUGUUUAGAAUUCUUUCAGAAUUAAAAAGGAUUGCUCUACUAUUUACUCGGCUAUUUGGCAUAUGAACUUUCCUUUAUCUUAUUCUAUUUUAAUUUGGAGAUGUAUCAAAGGCUAUAUUCCUGUGGAUUUUAGGCUUCAAAUGAAAGGUUUCCAACUAUCCUCUAAAUGUCAUUGCUGUUCGGAUAUUGAGACUAUUGAUCACCUUUUCGUGUCUGGUGUCAUUGCCCAAACUGUUUGGAGUUAUUUUGGGAAUAUUGCUUAUAGACCUUUGCUUGCUACGCAUGAUGAUUUUAUUUCUGUUAUCAAAACUUGGUUCCUAAACUCUAAAGGUCACAUUUUAAAUCUUAUCCCCAUUUUAAUUGUUUGGUUUAUUUGGAAAUCUCGCAAUGAUGCUAAGCAUAAUAGUAUUGUUAUGGAUGCCACUACUAUUAUUUCUAAUGUUAAACACAAAAUUCUUCAAAUGCAUUCUUACAAACUUAUUUCUAAGAAGAAUUUUAAAAACUGUGUUCAUUUGACCAAUUCUUUGGGCAUUCAUUUUGCUGAUAUUUACACUGCUGCUGUUGAUAAGAUGGUGAAGUAGAUAAAACCCAAACCUCCUUAUAUUAAGCUUAAUACUGACGGUUCUCUUGGCCCUAACGGUGCUGGUGCUGGCGGUAUUAUUAGAGAUGAGGUUGGUAAAGUUUUAGCUGCUUUCUCUGCCCCCAUUAUUUGCAAUUCUGCGAUUUCUGCUGAAAUUCAUGCUCUUCUCCUUGUGUUGAAUAUUUGUACUAAUUUAGGUAUUAGAUUUAUUUGGAUUGAGGUUGAUGCUUUUCUUCUUAUUCAGAUUAUUAACAAUAUGGUUCCUGGUAAUCCUGAGAAUUUUUAUCUUAUUAGAAAGCUUAAGAUUUCUCUGUCUACUUUUAAUUAUGUUAUCUCUCACAUUUUUCGUGAAGCUAAUGUUUGCGCUGAUUGGUUAGCUAAGCGUGGAUGCAAUAUUUUUCAUUAUGAAGAAUUAAAUCUUACUGAUUUGCAUCCGCUCCUUCAGGGUAUGAUCAUGUUAGAUAAUAUUGGUUUACCCUAUAUUAGGUAUGGUUAAUUUCUUGUUUGCUGUGUUGUUCCCUAUUAAUUUCUUUGGCGUUCCUUAUUUCUCUGUUGGUUGGGCGCUUCGUGAUGUUCUGGGCAACUUCUGCUUCAUUGUUUUUCUGGCGUGUCAUGGGAUGUUCUCUGGCAUCGUUUUUUCUAUUAACUGGUCUAUGUCAAACCUUGUUAUUCUUAUCUGUUUCUGUCAAGCGUUUUGUAGUUGGGUUUUUUGGUUAUUUGAGAUGCAGCUGAGAUCUCUUAAUUCUUUUAUGAAUCCUUUUUUUUGCUGCCCGAGCUCUAUGACCUGUUACUUUACGUCGCUGGAUGCUUGCUUUCUGAAUGGCUGCAUUGACCAGUUUUUCAUUUCCCUUUCGUUGUGUUAUUUCAUUUGCUCUCAUUGGGUUUUUUGGAGAUUUCUAUGCAGGUUACCAUUAGCUCCUCCGCGCUCUACCUUCUUUGUUAUCCAGGUAGUUUUCUGGUUGCUUCUUUUUGUGCUUCUUUUUUGGCCUUUUCUUUUUUGCAGGAAGUGGAUGCUGAACUCUUAUCUUCAGAACUUCCUUUUUUGGGUGUCGUAUGCUAACAACACCAUUAGUACUAGCAUUUAUCUUAAUUGUAUUAUUAGGAUAAGGAACCACGGACUCGUAGGUCUUUUUUACUUUUUGAUUGUAGCUUAGUCGAGCAUUAGAGAGUUUGUGGAUCCUUUUAAGGACUAUGUAACCGAUUUUUUGAUAUUAAUACGUAGGCCCCAAAGUGGGUUUUAACUAAAAAAAAAAAAAAAAAGUUGAUGUGUCAUACUUUAAAACUUUGUGAGAGAGUUAUGGAGCAUAUGUUACGACAUGAUACUUAUGUUGCUCAAAAUCAAUUUGGAUUCAUGUCGGGUAGGUCUACUAUGGAAAUUAUUCAUUUAUUAACAGGGCUGAUAGAGAAGUUUAGAGAGAAUAAGUAGGAUUUACCUAUGAUAUUUA